CGGUAGGAGAGAGAGAGAGAGCUAGAGCACAGUAAGUAGCAUAUCUGACACUUGCUAAACAGAGUCAAUCACAAGUUUUGUAAUAAACAUCAUGGGCACUGCAGUGAAAAAUACAGGGACACUACUGUCUUUGAGAAAGUUUCACAUCUCUGAGGAUUGUGGGUUUAUUCUCCCUGAGCCACUGACAGACCUGCCGGUGUUCUACAAGCCCUGGAUGGACAUUGCCAGAAAUGUGCCAGAACUCAUCUCUUCUCAUUCUUUGCGCCAUAAAAUUCAUGAUAUGCCUCUGUUGGAGACUCAUUUGUUGCAGAGCUACCGUGAGCUACGUUUGGCCCAUCUGGCUUUGAGCACGAUGGCUAUGGGUUACGUAUGGCAGGAGGGAGAGAGAGAAACAGUAAAAGUGCUUCCGCAGAAUCUGUCCGUGCCGUUCUGUGAGGUGUCUCGAAGACUGGGUCUGCCCCCAAUCCUCAUCCAUGCGGACACAGUCCUUGCCAACUGGAAGAAAACAGACCCAGAUGGACCUUUUUCCAUGGAGAACCUGGAGUUGUUGUUGACUUUGCCUGGAGGGGAAAGUGUAAGAGGGUUUUUUCUGGUCACACUUCUGGUGGAGCUGGCGGCUGUUCCUGGCCUGAAGUCUAUCCUUGAUGUCAUCAAUGGUGUCCAUUAUAAUGAUGUUGCUAUGGUCACCAAAGCUCUGGAUGUUGUCAGCCAGGCCAUAGACAGCAUGAAACAUGCUCUUAAACUAAUGCAUGAAUAUGUAGAUCCCUCCAUAUUCUACGGAAUUAUGAGGAUCUUUCUGUCUGGAUGGAAAGAUAACCCAUCAAUGCCAGAAGGUCUCGUGUAUGAGGGAGUUCAAGAGAAGCCGAUGGAGUUUUCGGGAGGCAGUGCAGCACAGAGUAGUAUUUUACACUGCUUUGAUGAACUGCUGGGAGUCCAACAUGAAGGCAGCAGUGGGGCCUUCCUGAGAAGAAUGAGGGACUACAUGCCGCCCGCCCAUAAGCUUUUCAUUGAAGACAUCUCUAGUCGCCCGUCCCUGCGCGACUUUGUGCUCCAGCAAGCGGAUGAGCACCUAACGCACACAUUUGAACAAUGUGUGGCCCGGUUGGUGGAAUUUAGGAAUUGCCACAUCAACAUUGUCACCCGUUACAUCACUAUACCGGCGUCCCGUGCCAGACAGCUCCGUGAAAACAAGCAGGGUUUGGUCAAGGAGCUAGACGCAAUCAGGAAAGCGCCAACAGCGCUGGAGGAAAGAGGUACUGGAGGCUCAGGGAUUAUGGUCUUUCUGAAGACUGUGCGUGAUGAAACUAAAGACAUCCACAUCUCACAGUCUACUAAUGGGAACCAAGUCUUGCCAAAUGCACCGAUGACAGCGAUACAGAAGGCUGCAUCUGAGCUCAAAAUAGAAUGAAAAUAGCAACAAAGUAUCUUUGAAUGGUGAUUUGGCCACCAGGCUCAUUGGAAUAAAUCACGCCUGUGUAAAAUGUGAUUUACAAUUCUUUUUGCAUGUUUCAUGACACUUUCAAAAUGUUAAAUGUACAGUGAGUGGCACAAAAACAUGAUGAGGUCUAUUAGCAACAGAUGAACACGAAUCUGGCCAUGUUUACACUGAUUUAUGGUGGCAGUUUGGAAAUGAAAUGUCCGGUUAGUGACGCUAAAAGCACGUUAAGUUUUAUUAUCCGCAACAGAUGAACAUGAAUCUGGCAGUGUUUUAUUAAAGGUGCAGUAAGCAAUUUCUAACAAAUGCUGUUGAAAGAAGAUCAGCAUAUGUUAUUUUAAAGCUGUUUAUAAUUAUUUUGUCAUCUUUGCUUUAUUUUUCAUGAAGCAUUAAUUUGAGUCGCUCUAUGAUAAAUUGAUGUCCACUCUUGCAUUACGUGUUCAUGCAUUUUGGGGGAGUAGAUAUGGGGGGAGGGGUGUGUUUGUUUGGGUUCAUGUCAAAUAUCAACAGUGUUUCUCAGAAAUCGCUUACUGCACCUUUAAUACUGGUUUUGAAGUUCUCGUGUUCAUGCUAAACAUGCAUCAGUUAGCGAUUGCUGUGGUUUACCGCCCUCCAAAACCAAAUAAGGAUUUUCUAAAUGAGUUUGCAAAUUUUUUAGGAGAUAUUGUUGUUCAGUAUGAUCGCAUUUUGAUUGCGGGGGAGUCGUUUGAUUUUAUGCAGGUGGUAAAUGCAUAGGGUAAAUGGUCCUACCCAUAAACAUGGCCACACACUAGAUCUUGUGCUGUUGCAUGGUAUUUCGAUCUGUGAACUCGAAAUCCUUGAUUUGAGUUUUUCUGAUCAUAUGCCUGUUACAUUCACUUGCUCCUUUCCAAAUUAAAUAAAUAAAACUCAGAAGGAUUCACGGCAGAUUCGUACUUUUA